AUGAGCGCUUCAAGAUUCAUAAAAUGCGUGACGGUGGGGGACGGUGCUGUCGGCAAGACCUGUCUCUUGAUUUCAUACACCAGCAAUACCUUCCCGACGGAUUAUGUGCCGACUGUAUUUGAUAACUUCAGUGCAAAUGUGGUUGUUAACGGGAACACUGUUAACCUUGGCCUAUGGGAUACUGCUGGACAGGAGGACUACAACAGAUUAAGGCCAUUGAGUUAUCGCGGUGCUGAUGUUUUUAUUUUGGCAUUUUCUCUUAUUAGCAAGGCCAGCUAUGAAAAUGUUUCCAAGAAGUGGAUUCCUGAGUUGAAGCACUAUGCCCCUGGCGUUCCUAUUGUUCUUGUGGGCACAAAACUUGAUCUAAGGGAUGACAAGCAGUUCUUCUUGGACCAUCCAGGUGCUGUACCAAUCACUACUGCACAGGGGGAGGAGCUCAGAAAGUUGAUUGGGUCACAUGCUUACAUCGAGUGUAGUUCAAAAACACAAGAGAAUGUGAAGGCAGUGUUUGAUGCCGCCAUUAAAGUCGUGCUGCAACCACCCAAGGAGAAGAAGAAGAAGAGCAAGGCUCAAAAGGCUUGCUCGAUAUUGUGA